AUGGUCAGUAGUAUCAUCGAAUGGCCAAUUGCCGAUCAUGCUACGAUGUCAUCAAAUGAUUUUACCCAACAAAAGGGAUCAAUCCCAACACAAAUAUCAAAGGGAUCCGGGUCUUAUUCAAAUGGAUCAAACAAAUGUUCAGUAGUAGAGUUUAGAUUUCAGUUUAUUGAAACUUUGGGAGCUGCAACAAGAACCAUUACAACCAAUGAUACACUUGUACUCAUUGACUCCAUCACAGAGACUUUAUUUUCAAGUAAUACUUCUGUCGUACCAGUAAAGUUUACCUUUCCAAUCGGACAAUGGGCAAUAGAAUUGACUAUUUCAAAUACAGUAGCUCCAUUGUCCUAUGAUACCAUCACUGUCACUUAUAAUUGUUUUGCAAUUCCAUCGCCAAUUUUUGGUCCAAUGGAAUCCAAUAGAUUAUUAUUUGAUCCAUUUACAGUAAAUACAGGAGUUAUUCCAAUCUAUAUGGAACAUUAUGCACCACCACCAACAUAUACUUGUACCAUCAACAAUACAGCAUAUACUCAAUGCACUGUUACACCAAUAUCAUUGCUCGAUACUGGUUACAGUCACUUUUAUGUCAGAGUACAAUACGUCAUGUCAAAGACAAAUUAUCAUGUUCCAUCAUUGAUCACUGUCACCUCUUUAAAUGGAAACUCUUCAUCUUUUGUUGUUAUUCCAUGGAUUUUAAAUGGAGCAACAACAGUAACUUUAAAGGGUUACUUUUUAGAUCCCUUUGAAUGGACUUUGGGUGAAGGGUACCCAGGGGAUAGCGAUUGUAGAGUAACAGCUACAUUUGGCUUGAAUUCUCCAAAUGGAAACCAAUCCUUUGUUCAACAUUUAUAUGAUACUACUACCUUGCCUGUUGGUUGGCUCCCAGAUUUUAGACCCAUUCUAGGUACCCCAAUAUCUGCCACCUAUAUUUCGACUAUUGAUACCACCAAGGGAAGAUACUACUCUAUAUCAAAGUUUGAUUCAAAAUAUGCAGAGGCAUUUCAAGAAACUUCCAACAACCCAAGUUUGGCAACAUUAUCUGCAUUUCCAACAAAUGUUUAUAAUUUAAUGGUAGGAGGAAAUGGUGUUAGAAUGAUGUUUUUUAAUAGUAGUAUUACAUCGUUUUCACCAGUUAGAAAUUCGACCAUAUCCUACGCCAAUGAACCAUUUUCUAUUUCCCUACCGUAUCCUUAUGGAUUAACAAAUGGUUUAAUGGGAAACAACAUUAAAUUUACAACCGUAAAAUUAUUAUCACCUUUUCAAGGUGGAGCUCCACAAAUGAACAUUACAUCAUUCCCCUAUUUUUCAUCCAAAACAUCCACUAUUGUUGCUCCAGCAUUGGUUGAUUCCAUACCACCAGUUGUUACCAAUGUUGAAUAUUUACCUUUGGAUUCUUAUUCAAUCAUUGUAAGAGUAGAGGCCACUGAUGCCCUAAGUGGUGUUUAUAGAAUAUUGAUUGGACAAGGUAGAGGUGCCAUUCAAUUGAAGCAAUACGAUCUUGUAUUUGGUGACAAGAAUCAUGGUGUAUUUGAAGUCGUUUUCAAGUUUACACAUGCAAAUCUAGUUGGCAACGUUCUAAGUAUCUAUGAUGAAGCUGGUAAUAUGGCAACUUAUACCAAAACAUCAAAUCUUGGUUUCAAUGCUUAUAGAUUACCGGAUAUCCCUUAUAAUUAUUUUGGUAGUUAUUAUCCACAAAAUAUUACCUAUUUUAAAUUUAGGGAAAAUAAUAUUGCAACUACCAAUAUGAUUGUGUUUAGUGAAUUAAGAUUCAAUGUAAGCAAUUUGGAUAAAAACUUUAAACCAAAGAUGCAAUUGUUUACGACACACUUUGACAAGGAGUGGACAGACGAUUACAUGUUUGAAGGUCACUAUGAUCCCAUUCUAGACCUCUAUGUCAUUCCAUUUAAAUUGCCAAUGAAUCUAUUCGCUAGAUCUGUAGAGUACUCUAUCUUUGUGAGACCUUUUGCAUGGACCCCAAGAUCACUCGUCGGAUUUGUCGGAAAAGAAGCCUAUUUAAAUGUGACCAGUGCAGGUGCCGAUGAAGCAGGUCCCAUAUUCACAGGUAUGAGCGUAUUGGGUUAUGAUGGCUUUUUUGGAAAUCAAUACGUUGUCUCUGGAAACACUGCACCAAGCUUUUGGUGGAAGUUUACCAUCAAAGACCAAGGCACCAAUGCAUUUAGUUGGGGUGAAGUAGUUGUCUCUUCAAAUCUAGAUCCAUUACCCUACAUUAUUAAAAUUAAUUCUGAUAAUUUUGAUGGUACAAGUUAUACUGCAACAAUCAAAUUACCACCAAAAUGUAGAUCACAAAAUUUUAAAAUCGCCAAUAUGACUCUUUAUGAUUCCAUGGGUCAUAGAACCAUUUUAAAUGCAAUGGGUUUCCAAAAUGUCAGAGCUGGAUUUUCUGCAUCUGCAUGGGAAAACUAUUAUUAUCUUGAUGUUGGUUGUGGAGCUGCAUUUGAUAAUGUUGCACCAGUAAUGACAGGAUUUGAUUUCUAUCCAAAGGCAAUAGAUGUAUCAAGUGAAAAUAGAACAAUAUAUUUUAGUUUGAAUGUUUCUGAUAGUACUAGUGGUUUGGAUACUCGUCAUAUCCCAAAAAUCUAUCUAACAUCGUUGUAUGAUGAACUAUUGGUAGUUGAAACUGUCCCAACUUUUGCCACUGGAAUGUUGAGUGCCAAUUACAAUGCAAAGGUUGAUUUACCAUAUGGAUUUGGAAUUGGUGGAACUUUGGUGUCUAUUUAUGGUAUCUCUGAUUACCAUCUAAACAAUAUUGGUUUCUCUGCUGCCGAUCUCAACCUUAGAUCGCUGCCAUUCUUUAUCAACACCACCUUUACUCCAUCGACUUUACCAGUAAUCUAUUCAGUCUCUAAUAUCACUAGUGAUGGUGGAUUGAUUACCCUAUUUGGUGAUUGGUUUGGUCGUAACAAUCUAUCAUUGGUUGGUCAAUUUGAUUAUUUGGACAAGCUUGGUUACAUCAACACUACCACUGUCUUCUUUUCCGGUACUCUUUUAGUAUUUAAUCUAUCUGCUAUUACAAGAGGUGGAGCUACUGUCAGAGUCAUUGUAAAUGGUAUUAAUUCAAAUGAAUUAUCAUUUAAUACUACUGAUCCAUACAUACCAACACCAGAACCAACUUUACCACCUAUUACAUGUACAAAUAAUUGUUCAAAUCAUGGUACAUGUGACCCAGUACUUGGAUGUCAAUGUGAGGUUGGGUGGGGUAGCAGCGACUGUUCAUUCCCAGUCAACACUAAUACAUCGGGACCAAUCAACAAUCAAACAGAUCCAUCUAGUUUGUUUGGAAAGGGUAAUUUGACCAUUUCUAGAAUCAUGGAGGUCGAUUCUGACGAUCAUAUCGUGUGGACCUUUACAUUGGCAAACUGGACGUUUACAAACAAGACUGACGAGUACCAAGAGUUGGCAAGCCUGACAUACUACUAUUCUGCGACACUCGAGAACCGUAGCACAGAGGUUACCGUCAUUGUCCAGUAUUUUACCAAUCCAACCAACUACACAUUUGCCGGUGAUACAAUGGUGAUGAGUCCAAACUCGUUAAAGUAUUCUGUCUACCUAUCAAGUUAUCGUUUCGCCAGUGUUAUGAAUAGACUGGUCGUUGUCAUGUCUGCAUCCCUAGACGAUGAAGAAUACUCUUGUUCCGGCUCCAAAAACUAUGGUUUCGAUCCAACUGGCAAAUCAGUCAUGUGGCUCCAACUAAAGGUCGACGACCAAAUCCUAUACAGUAGAUUCAUUCGCAAGGGAAUGAUCGAUGGUCGUCCAACCACUGUCACCAAUACCAUCCUCGAUGAACAAAAUAAUUCUAAUUCAUCCAUUACUGAAAUUGGUAUUAAUAUUCCACAUUAUAGUAUCUAUUCAAUGAUUGAUCCUGAUUUUUCAUUACUCAUUGAUCCAGCAGGUAAAGGAGAAUCAUCGUGUGGUGGAGGAUCUGGAAAUGGAUUGAGAACAGCUACUAUUGCCAUCAUAGCAGUUGCAGCAACUGUUCUAGUUGUAGGUAUGGUUGCCGCCAGUAUCUACAUCACUCGUAAAAAGAGACGUCUUAGAAUUGAACUAGAAAUGGAUUCAAGAAGAAGAAGUGGUUUGUCUGUGAAUCAUUAA